CCAUUUACCUGGUCAUGUAUGUAACUAAUUGCUGAUGUCUCUGUGUCCCUCAUCACUGACAUUUUUGACAUUCACUUCAAUGCCACAUGAAUUUUCUAUGUUGCUUGGAAACCAAGUAAAUUCCUGGAGAUCUGUUGGAGAGACUGGCACGAGUGCUUAGCAGGAACCAUGUCUAGCCAUACAACGUUUUGUGAAAUAAUUACAGGAUUAUUGUCUCCAGGUUUAAUAAUAAACUGAUGGUGGACUCAUCAUUUAUACGUUAACACUAAAACGCCUGAGUUCCAUCUCAAACUUGGUAGAAUCCACGUUUCUCAAAGAGGGAAGUAUUUUGGAUCCACACUUGUUCCGAGUUCGGCAGCUGAUGUCAUUUUGGUAAAAUCAUGAAAAUUGCAGGAGGAAUCACCAAUGGAUGCAGUGUAACUAUCGUUGCUGGGAAGUCACAAGUGGAAUACAGGAUGUCACAAUCAAGGACAAACAAUGGCGAGCAAUGUGAGAGUGCCAGACAGAGGACACAGUGUGAAGAGAUUGUAUCAAACCAGACUCUGUCAACAACAGCCACAGGUCAGACCCAUGACUCCGAUCUACAAGGCUCCAAUCAGAUCCUGAUGCGGGACGACAACUUUGACAGCACAUCCAACCUGCCCCAGUCCGACACUGACCUUGACCCUCAGGAGAGGGAACAGGAAGAAGAGGCCAAGGGGAAAUGGGACAAGAAGAUCGAGUACCUCCUCGUCUGCAGCAGCUUUGUAGUGGGGAUCCCCAACCUGCUCCAGUUCCCUGCCAUGACAGCAAAACAUGGCGGCGGGGCGUUCUACUUUGUGUAUAUAAUUGUAACAUGCUUCCUGGGAGUGCCUUUACUGUACAUGGAGAUGAGCCUGGGACAGUUUGCUCGACGAGGCCCCAUCUCUACCUGUCGGAUUAUGCCUGUAGCUCAAGGGAUGGGCUACAGCAUGGUCCUGGUUUCAGCGUUAUUCACGCUGUACAAUAACACAUAUAUUGCCUGGACUCUCUACUAUUGGUUCGCAUCUAUGAACAGCCUUCUACCCUGGCAUGCUGAUCUCACAGGUACUUCCUCGAAGGCGUCUUCUACACUACUGGAAACACUACCAGAUGUGGUGGAAAUCGGCAGGAACAACUCAGAUAUAGAAGUAGUACCUCAAAAAUUAAAAAUAGCUGAAAACUAUUUCUUUAAGGAUGUAUUAAACGUAUCAGAUGGGCUCUCAGAUACCGGUCAGUUGCAGCUCCACCUGGUUGUGUGUUUGUUACUUGUCUGGCUUGCUGCAGCCGUCAUCAUCAUCUGGGGACCACAUUCCAUGGGCAAGGUAGCAUACUUCACAGCUAUUGCGCCCUUUGUCCUCCUGUUCACCAUCUUCAUUGCUGUGUGCCAUAUCGACGGCGCCGUCCAAGGAAUCAAAGCCUUCUUGAUGCCCAGGUGGCACAUGCUAGGUAAAAUACAGGUGUGGGCAGAUGGGUGUCGCCUUGUACUGACCACACUAGGCUGUGGUACAGGCUGUAUCAUCACCUUAUCGGGAUACGCACAUCUCGGCAGCCAUUGUUUCAGAAACUGCUUGUGUGUGACGUUUGCAAGUAUCGCCACGACAACAAUAGGUGGUUGCUGCAUGUUCUCAAUGCUGGGUGUCUACAGUCUGUCAUCAAAUCACCUCAUCAGCAACCUCACACUCACAAACAUUGACUUUGGGUUUGUCAUCUUCCCGGCAGUAAGUUCAUCACUGUCGUUUCCCCCCUUGUGGUCCGUCAUCUUCUACUUUACACUCUUCAUCACGGGGGUCAGCACCCAGGCCAUCCUCCUCCACACCAUCCACGCUGAGGUUGUCUGGAAGCUGCAUCUCGACACUCAUGUCAAACGCAUCAUCUGUCUCUUCAUUAUCUUCAUCAUCCUGUUCUCCAUCAGCCUCACAAUGGCCACACAGGCUGGCUUGUAUGUAGUUCAGUUACUGGACAAAUAUGUAUACAAAGUGGCCAUCCCAUGUAUAUGCCUGUUGGAGAUAGUUGUUACCAUGUGGCUGUAUGGAGUUCGGAGAUUUGCAACGCGUAUAUCAGACAUGACUGGCAGUGCGGAGAGCCCGUGUAUGAGGUGGAUGUGGAAACUUGGCACACCCUUAUUCCUUGUGAUCACCAUCGGUCUCUCUGUUCUGUCUGAGGAGACAGUGAGAGUUCCCCAAGGGACAGAACACCUGCCUGUAUGGGGGAUGGCCCUUGGGUGGCUGCUCAGCUUCCUGCCUCCACUCAUCAUGGCAGGGUUUGGCCUCGUCUUCUUCAUCAUCUUCAGUGGACCCUUCAGAGUGCGGUUGCACAAGUUGAAGAUCACUCCCCGUGACUGGAUACCAGGGUCGGACCACACAGACCAUGAGAACACAGCAAAUCUGCCGGAGUACGUAAUCUGCAGCCCCGACCGACAUCGGCCCUCUACGGCACUUGCACUGCUUACAGCCAACCUCUACCUUCCCAACAUUGCCGACAUCAUGGCAGCUGAGCGUCAACGUCGAGAUUCCACAUCAGAGCUGAGUGGCCCUGGGUAUCUCUCAGACCUGAUGACAAUCUCCAGCUCUGAUGAUGAGUCCAGCGAGGAGGAAAACAAGGUCCGGGGCAACUGGAGCGGGAGGUUUGAGUUUGUCCUGUCCUGUCUGGGAUACAUUGUUGGACUGGGAAAUGUCUGGAGGUUCCCCUACCUUGUCUACAGGAAUGGCGGUGGUGCGUUCUUCAUCCCCUAUCUGAUAAUGCUGGUGUUCUGUGGCAUCCCCUUGGUGUACAUGGAGCUGGCCUUUGGGCAGUAUGCCAGUCUUGGACCUAUCACCAUCUGGAGAGCAGUGCCACUGUUUAAAGGAAUCGGAUACUCCAUGGUGAUCGUCUCCGGUGUUGUGUCCAUAUACUACAACAUGGUCAACGCCUGGGGUUUCUACUACUUGUUUACAUCCAUGACAUCAGAGUUGCCAUGGCGAUCCUGCAAGAACCACUGGAACACUAUAUAUUGUCAUGAGAACAAAUUUGAUGUGACGAACUGUACCUCUGUGAAUAUGUCCUAUGUGGAGUUACCUGCCUUCCAGAAUGAUUCAUGUUACACUGUGUUACGGAACUGUAACAAGUUCAACGAGAGUCGUAUAGGAUCUUGUGUUAGGACGUUACGUAAGAUAUUUGGUGAGGAUGUUAUCACUGAGGAACAAUACAUCAACAGAACAAGUCCUAGUGAAGAAUAUUUUUAUCGUUCCGUGUUGGCGUCGACGCCGGGGCUGGACAACCUAGGGGAGGUGCGCUGGCAGCUGGCUCUGUGUCUGCUCCUCUGCUGGGGCAUCAUCUUCAUGUGUCUGCUGAAGGGCAUCAAGUCUUCUGGCAAGAUAUCAUACAUCAUUGUGACACUACCGUACAUCUUCAUCAUGGUGUUGCUGAUCCGAGGGAUCACGAUGGACGGCAACCUGGACGGCAUCAAGUACUACGUGACACCGCGGUGGGAGUUGCUUGGCAAACCUGUUGUGUGGGCUGAUGCUGCCACCCAGGUGUUCUUCACCCUAUCUACCUGCUGGGGAGGUCUGUCUACCCUGUCCAGCUACAACAAGUUUCAUAAUAACAUAUACAGGGACACGAUUCUGGUGGUGUUAGGAGACACCCUGAUGAGUGUCAUGGCUGGUUUUGCUGUAUUUUCUGUCAUAGGCGUGCUGGGAAAAGAAUUGAACACAUCCGUAGAAAAUGUUAUUAAAUCAGAUGUAGGUUUGACAUUCAUCGUAUAUCCAGCAGCCAUCUUGUAUUUCCCAGCAUCCCCUUUGUGGUCCAUCUUGUUUUUCUUGAUGUUGGUUUUGAUGGGUAUUAGUACCUUGUUUACAUCAGUGGAGACGAUUGUCACCGCCAUUAUUGACGAGCGUCUGGAGCAGCUAAAGAAGAAGCGAGUGUUUGUCCUGUCUAUAUUGUGUGCAUCAUCCUAUCUACUUGGGCUUCCAUUAACAACACAGGGUGGUGUUCACAUUCUGCAGCUGAUGGACGAGUACCUGGCCCGGCUUUCCCCACCUCGUCAUCGGGCUCGUCAUGUGCAUCGCCAUCGGCUGGGUGUACGGUGUCAAGCAGUUCUGUAAUGACGUCAGUCACAUGAUCGGGUCAAAGGUUGGCUGGUGGUGGCAGGGCAUGUGGUAUGGAGUCUGCCCAGUCAUCAUUGUCUUUGUGUUGAUCUUCUCUUCGGUGGGUUACACACCUCUCAAGGACAAGUUCAGUGAAGGAAAGUACCCAGACUGGGCAGAGGCUCUUGGCUUCCUCCUGAUUUG